AUGCUCAUCAAGCUGGUGUGUGAUGAUAGCUGCGGCUUCGUCAAACGCCUCGGCGCGGCGGAGAUGCGCGUUGGUUGGGUCGUUGAGGAGGACGUGCCGCUGCGGGACCCCACGCACAUCGCGGCGUUGAACGCCGCCAUCAACAAGAGCCAUCGCGAGACGUCUAGCAGCAGCGCCGCGAUAGCUGGCGCUGCGGAGGUUACGGACUUCAGUGGCUAUGCCCUUCUCCUGCCAACAUCUGACGAGCCGGUCGACACCCAGCGCACGCCGAACGAACUAGGGCUGAGGAGCGGUGCGACGCUGCAUCUUAUGCACGAAGCAGAACGCGUCUACGCGCAGAUGCCGCUCGCAUCCCCCACCACGGACUCCACACAGCAACAACAGCCUGUAAACACUGAGGAUGACACCGACGAGGAGAAUGACGAGUCGUACGUGUCGCAUGAUAUCGGCUGGUUCCCGUUCAUGCUGCGCCCGCGCGAGGGUGAGCCGCUGGUGCUCCUCAACGACCCCUCCGCGCAGGUGCAAGAGCCGGAUGCGGAGCCCGUCACGCAGUCGCUCUGUGAGACGUGCGGCACCGUUGUCUCCCACGGCGACGCCUUGCGUGUUUCGGUGGACCGGCACUACAAGCCGAUGCUGAUGCGGCAGGAGUUCCUCGAGGUGUGCAUGGAGAAGCUCGGCGGCGGCCAGCUGCGGCGCUGGCAGACGCGCUACGUGCAGAUGUCGGAGAAGUCAGUGGACUGGUUCGCCGAGAAGCCGCGGCCCGGUGUGAAGAGCCGCAUCCACGGCCACCGCUACCUCGUGUGUGACGGUGAGUGCCAGGUGGAGGCCCUGAUUGACCGCCCCGACCCGCAGCAGUACCCCAAGUGCGGCGACAAGAGCUUCUUCCACUUCGGCGUGGUCUUCCGCAACCCGCGCAAGACGUACCUCUUCCGCGUCACAACGGAGCAGAAGCGAGCGAUGGUGCUUAGCUUCCUCGACACGUGCGUGCGACGGGUGACGGAGCGCGCACCGCAGCGCAACCCCGUCGUGUGGAAGCAGCGCGCCGACGCGUUCCUCGUCAACGCAGCAGAGCUCGGCGAGCAGCACUCCCGCAACCGCAUGGAUAUCGAGGCGGUGCAGGCGAGCAUGCGCGCGCUGGAGACGGAGCUCGCGGAGUUGCUCAAGCACAAGCCGAGGCUGCAGGCUGCGCUCGACACGCAGGCGAGUUGCGUGCAGACGCUGCGGGCCGAUGUGAACGGCCACAAGGCGGGCGUCAAGCGGGCGCAGCAGCGCCUCCAAGCGGCGCAGAUGCGUAUUGCCGAGGAGGAGCGGCUGCUGCACGAGAAGGAACUUGAGAUGGGCGACGAGAUUCGCAAAGCCGCCAUGCUGAAGAGCCACGUGCUGCAGCAGCACGACACCGCGGAGCAACGCAUCCGCGAACUCCGCGCCCGCGCUGAGGCGCUACAGGAGCACGAGACCGCCUUGUUCCGCAAGUGGCGCAGCUUCGAGGAGCGGCACCGCGUGCCGCAGGGGCCGUCGCCGCGCAGCGGUCUGUACUCCUUCUCGGAAGGCGGCAUCGGCAUCCCGUGCGGCUCACCGCGGAUCUCCACGGAGCUCGCGGCAUCCGCGGCGCGACUCGCAUUGAACACAGCAACAAAAUCAACAUCAACAACAGCAACACCUGCACCUAUUGCAUCGCCAAUACUGCCCCGGCCGUCUGACGCCUCCACUCCUCUGCACUCCGCGCAGCGCCAGCUGCUGUACUCUGGCAGUCGUGAGCGGUCGACGUGA